UUUUUUACUCUAUAUAGAUUUCUUUUUUUAAAAUUGGGGUAUCUUGAAGUUCUUACUUGGAAGAGAGGAGGAGAGAGAGGAGCUUCAAGCUUGGCUAAUUCUUUUCAAUGGCGGAGAAAGGAAAGCCGUUGAGGAUGAUGGCUGAGGCCUUCACAGACCUAUCAAAGUCCAUCGCUUCCCAAUCUGGUGAAGAAGCGCAGCAGAUCCAAGUGGGCGCAUUUUCUAGUGCCUGCUCUCAUGUCUCCCCUCUCUUCGCCUGCCUCGGCAUCGCAUUCAAGUUUGCCGAGCUCGAUUAUGUAGCCAAGGUUGAAGAUCUAGCGGAUGCAUCAAAGUCUGUUGCAACAUUAAGAGAAAUGAUAGAUUUAGACAUCGAAGGAAAUUGUGUAAGAAAUGCUGGCAGUCAUACAAGGAAUCUGCUGAGGGUGAAGCGUGGGAUAGAUAUGGUUAAAGUUUUGUUUGACCACAUUUUGGCCUCUGGGGAAAGUUCUCUAAUGGGUCCAGCUUCAAAAGCUUAUGCACAGGUUUUUUCUCCUCACCAUGGAUGGCUAAUAAGGAAGGCUGUAGCUGCAGGAAUGUAUGCUCUUCCUACCAAGGCACAACUCUUAAAGAAGCUCAAUGAAGAUGAAGCUUCAGCAACGAUGUACAUGAGAAGUUACGUUGCUUCAGCAGCUCCAGUCAUCGAUUAUGUUGAAAGCCUUUUCAUUUCAAAAGGUUUGGAAACAAACUGGUAGAACAAAGGAACUCUUCUGAUAGAAAACAUGAUACAUAGAUAGUUCAUCAUAAAUAAUUAUCUCUCAAUGUUUACCACUGUACACUUUGUGAGUUUAUUUUCUUGCGUAGUGUACUUUCAUAUAGACUGUUGUAAUAUUGUUUAUGUAAAAUCUUUGCAAUAAGAUAAUUUCCCCUGAUUGUGGUGCCUCUUCCUGCACCAUAAGGUAAUAGUCAAUUU